AUGUUCUCACUGUUAAUACUGAUGUCGCUGUUGUCAAGGUUACCGCUGUUGUCGCUGUUGUCACUGUUGUCGCUGUUGUCGGUGUUGUCACUGUUGUCGCUGUUGUCACUGUUGUCGAUGUUGUCCCUGUUGUCACUGUUGUCGGUGUUGUCACUGCUGUUUCUGUUGUCGGUGUUGUCGCAUCUGUCACUGUUGUCACUGUUAUCGCUGUUCUCAUUGUUGUUACUGAUGUCGCUAUUGUCGGUGUUGUUGCUAUUGUCGCUGUCGUCACUGUUGCCGCUAUUGUCACUGUUGUUCCUGGUGUCACUCUUGUCACUCUUAUCCCUGUUGGAGAACAGUGACAACAGUAAGAACAGUCAUAACAGUGACAACAGUAAUUACAGUGAUAACAGUGACAACAGCGACACAGCGACAACAGUGAGAAGAGCGACAAAAGUGACAACAGCAACAACAGUGACAAUAGUGCCAACGUUGACAAUGGUGAUAACGGUGACAAUGAUUACAACGGUGACAAAGGUGAAAGCAGUGACAACAGUCACAACGUUUACAACGGUGACAAAGUGACAACAGUGACAACGGUAAAAACAGUGACAACAGUGACACUGGUGACAACAGUGACAACGGUGACAACACUGACAACUNAACUUUUUGACACGUGAAGCUGAGAACCCAAUGACCGGAAGUGAUUUUGAUUGGAUGGUAUCGAAUCAUGCUGUGUGGGGGUGGAAGGCUCCAGUAAACGCAUCUGUGUAAGGCGUUUCUCUCCUUCAGCUCUCUCCCUUUUUCGCUUCAAUCUUUCCCCUUUUCCCCAGAAACGCCUGAUACUCAGGCUAUGUUCUCACUGUUAAUACUGAUGUCGCUGUUGUCAAGGUUACCGCUGUUGUCGCUGUUGUCACUGUUGUCGCUGUUGUCGGUGUUGUCACUGUUGUCGCUGUUGUCACUGUUGUCGAUGUUGUCCCUGUUGUCACUGUUGUCGGUGUUGUCACUGCUGUUUCUGUUGUCGGUGUUGUCGCAUCUGUCACUGUUGUCACUGUUAUCGCUGUUCUCAUUGUUGUUACUGAUGUCGCUAUUGUCGGUGUUGUUGCUAUUGUCGCUGUCGUCACUGUUGCCGCUAUUGUCACUGUUGUUCCUGGUGUCACUCUUGUCACUCUUAUCCCUG